CAGCGCCAAGCACAAAACUUCUCAUCAACUAUCGCGGCUUUCUAGCCUCCGCCUGUCCAUCUUCACCACCACCAAACCUCUCCACUCCACUUCCUUCGCUUCUGCCAUCCAUACCAGCGAAAUGGCCACCUCUCCUCCCCCCACCUCCACCGGCUCCAGCAAGGUCGAUGCCGCAAAGGCUAAGCUUGCGGCCGCCGACCCUACCGCGCCCACUGGCCUUGCCCUGUACUCGCGAUUCGCUUUCGCCGGUGCCGUCUGCUGCUCCGUCACCCACGGAGCCCUCACACCCGUCGAUGUCGUCAAGACCAGGAUACAACUUGACCCCGUCACCUACAACACCGGUCUGAUCGGUGGCUUCAAGAAGACCAUCGCCAAUGAGGGUAUGGGCGCUGUCUGGACCGGUUUCGGUCCUACCGCUGCCGGUUACUUCCUCCAGGGUGCCUUCAAGUUCGGAGGUUACGAGUUCUUCAAGCAGCAGUCCAUCAACCUCGUCGGUUACGAGACUGCCGCCAACAACCGCACUGCCGUCUACCUCGCCUCUGCCGCCGUCGCUGAGUUCUUCGCCGAUGUCGCCCUCUGCCCUCUCGAGGCUACCCGUAUCCGUCUCGUCGGUGACCCAACCUUCGCUAACGGUCUCGUUGGUGGAUUCUCCAAGAUCCUGAAGAACGAGGGUGUCGGUGCCUUCUACUCUGGUUUCGGACCCAUCCUGUUCAAGCAGGUUCCCUACACCAUGGCCAAGUUCGCCGUCUUCGAGAAGGUCAACGAGGCUAUCUACUCCGUUGUCGACAAGAGCCAAACCUCCAACGGCAUGCAGACCGUCUACAACUUGAGCUCUGGUAUCAUUGCCGGUUUCGCCGCCGCCAUCAUCUCCCAGCCCGCCGACACUAUGCUCUCCAGGAUUAACAAGACCAAGGGUCUUCCCGGAGAGGGAACCACCUCCCGUUUGAUCAAGAUCGCCAAGGAGCUCGGUCUCCGUGGAUCUUUCGGUGGUAUCGGUGCCCGUCUUUUCAUGGUCGGUACUCUGACCGCUGGUCAGUUCGCCAUCUAUGGCGAUAUCAAGAAGGCGCUAGGCGCAACAGGCGGUGUCGAGAUCGCUAAGACUAACUAAGUUUUCGUCUCCUGCGAUGCGGAGAGAGUGACGGAGGAGAUGAUACCAAGACAGCCAUGACAGCGGGUCUCGAGGUGGACUUGUCACACAAAAAGUCUGUCUUUUCUUGCAUAAUGGCUGGCAUGGGUUUGUUCGAUAUCACAUUUCUUCUAUGUGUUUUGCGUUUAUUUGCAGUCAUUCAAGUUAGAUCUUGCUUCGCUUAGACGGCGAUUUUAUGUAACAGUACGAUCGAGUAGGAAACGCACUGCACAAUAGACCCAACUCAUAAUGCCCAGCCACUGCAAUUCUAGUGAGGCC